UGAUGCAGGUUUGUCUCAAUGAAUGUAUCAAAACACCAGUAUAAAAUAUUUCGUAUAAUGUGUUAAACUUAUGUGAACUUUUGAAGACGGGAAUACGACUCAACAUUAAAAAUAAUUCAUUGUUAAUUUCAACAAUGUUGAAAUGGAAAAUACAGAUAUUAAAGAUUAUUUCAUUUUCUGUACUUAUGGUGGUAAUAUAUGCCUUUCUACGAGAAACUAAAUAUCUUCGUUAUGUGAGUUCAGGUGUGCAAGACAACUAUGAACAGAAUAAACAUUUGAAUAAAACCUAUGAGAUCGAACCUUAUAAUCAUAUAGCCAAAUCUUCGUUAAACACAACAAACAAUCAAUUAUAUAUCAAUUCAACGAAACAUACCAAAGAGGUUAUCGGGCCUACAACACUAUCCAAACGUAGUUCGCUCUCGAUAAAUGAUACACAAAAUAUUGAAUUGAGCAAAGAAUUUUUCAAAAAAGUUGCGUUUCUAAAAGUUCACAAGGCAGGAAGUACAACUGCGCAGAACAUUUUCCUACGCUACGGUGAAUCUCGCAACCUCACGUUUGUAAUUUCGAGAAUUCGAGACAAUCAAUAUGAUAAUGUUAUCAGUUUACAGUCAUCUUUGAAUAACGAUAAUAUUCUUCCUCCACCACCAAAUAGAACAUUUGAUAUUUUAUGCUGCCAUGUUUUAUAUAACAAUGAAGCUUUUCAUAAGUAUAUGCCAACUGACACAGCAUAUAUAGCCAUUGUUCGCGAACCGUUUGAUCAGUUCUUGUCGACUUUGAAUUAUUUUAGGCCUGCUCAUAUAUUGCAAAAUAUAAAGGCUGAAAACAAAGUUUUUAAGUAUCUUCAAGAUCCUAGUCACUUUGAGAAAACACAUCGUUGGUCAAUGACAAACAACAGAAUGGCAUUUGAAUUCGGAUUUCCAUCAAAUCUAUUUUACCAUUAUUCAGAAGAAGAAAGCAUGGACUAUUUGAGGACACUGGAUAAAGAAUUCCAGUUUGUGAUCAUAAUGGAAUAUUUCACUGAGUCUGUAGUUAUGAUGAGACGUAUAUUAGGAUGGACUAUAAAGGAUGUCUUGUAUUUAAAGAAAAAUGCAGCACGGAAGUCAUAUCAAUUUGUUGACAAUACCAACAGAUAUUUAUAUGAAAGAUUUGCAAAGUUAGACUAUGACUUAUACAACUUCUUUUAUAGACGACUGUGGUUGCAGAUUGAAAAGGAGGGUCUAGACUUUCAGUUAGAAUUGUUAUAUUUUGAUCGACUACGUGAAGAAGUGGAAGAUUACUGCAUUUUUAACGCACAUCAAAGUAAAGGUUAUUAUGUCGAAACUUCUAGGUGGUCUAAGGCAUUUGCAGUUACUCAAAUAGAUUGUGAAUAUCUAAACAUGGGUGAGAUGUCGUUUGUUAAAAAAAUAAGACGCCGUCAAUAUGAGUAUCUACAAUGAGACUUAUAAGAUAUUCACACAGUGUAGAAGUUUGAACACAUCUGCGAUAAGAUAUAAAGCGCGUUCUUAUGCAGUAUAAAUUGCUACAUAACAAAGUGUACAAACUAAGAAUACCUACGACAUUCUGAAAUGCUUUAAUAUAAAUAAAGGAACUUCACUUGUUAUUUA